GGCAUCUGGUAUUUGCAAGCUUCGAAUGAAUGUGGGUUCAAUUUUCGCUCGUGUUAGACGAUUGUUGGAGUAAUCGCCCUCCUAGACACGAGGCAGAAAAUUUUGUUUUUUUCAUGGUUCUCGACUGGUGGGUCUUGGGAUUUCUAGCUUCGGAGAAUUUGAGAAUUCGAAGAGUCUGUUUCGUGCGAUUCGGUCUUUGUUUCGUGCAAUGUCAGCGUGUUGGAUUCUCUGCGACGCCCUGAAUCCAGUUUGUGUGUGAACCUCCUCACAUUGAGAGUUUUGAAUUAGGGGUGUGCUAGUGAGGCUUUUAGGGUUUGCCCUGUUUGAAUCGGGGAAUGUGCGCUUGGAAGGAGAUCUGUACUUCAAUACGGUCUGGUAGAGCACGAGUUUGAACAACCUUGGCAUUUUCUCUCACCGAUGAAUUGUAUAUCAGGCGUAUGUCUACUGAGUUAAAACGACGAUCAUGGGAUCGCAAGUAUUCCAUUUUCUUCUGGUGUUCUUUGGGUACUUUCUGCAUGGAGCUUCAUCAGAAUCUGUGAUUUUGGACGCGAGACCUACAAUAUUACAACAUUCAGGAGAAAAUAUCACUCUUGCUUGGAAGGGUGUGAAUUUACCGACGAAAUACGAUUGGCUGGGUAUAUAUACGCCUCCUACUUCUCCUGACGACCAGCAUAUCGGGUACAUACUUCUCUCUUCCUGUUCAACAUGGACAACAGGCGCCUGCUCCUUGCAGAUCCCCUUGGUCAACAUGCGUGCUCCUUACAGUUUCCGAAUUUUCAGAGGCGUGUUCGUAAAUGUAUCUGCAAGUACAAAUGUGACUGGAUCAAACAAUGGGGCUACAACGAUAUCAUUGGAUCGGGAGGGUAAUCCUCUACCAGAUGUCACGAAACGGUUAGCUGCAAGCCCAGUUGUUCAAUUCUCCAAUUACAACGAGCCAACACAAAUUCAUCUAGCUCUUUCCUCGGACGAGACUGCUGUUAGGGUUAUGUUUGUCACUAGGGAUCCUCUGAGAAGCCAAGUAAGAUUCGGGGAAGAUGGAGAUGAACUGGGCAACACAGUUGAUGCUACAUCAGUCACAUACUCUCAAAUUGAUAUGUGCGAUGAACCUGCAAGUUCUUAUGGGUGGAGAUCUCCGGGAUACAUACAUAAUGUUGUGAUGGGGGGGCUGAAUCCUGGGAGUCGCUAUUUCUAUCGGGUAGGAAGCAAUGUAGGAGGAUGGAGCUCGACCUAUAGCUUCAUCGCUCCACAUCCUCGUGCUGAUGAAACAAAUGCUCUCAUAUUCGGUGACAUGGGUACUUCGAUUCCUUAUUCAACGUAUCAAUACACGCAGAGCGAGAGCAAGAAUACCGUGAAGUGGCUCACACGGGACCUAGAACAAAUAGGUGACAAACCUAGCUUCGUAGCGCACAUUGGUGACAUAAGCUAUGCUCGUGGUUUAUCUUGGCUCUGGGACAACUUCUUCACCCAAAUCGAGCCCGUAGCUGCAAGAUCACCAUAUCAUGUUUGCAUGGGAAACCACGAAUAUGAUUGGCCUGGGCAACCUUUCAAGCCAGACUGGUCACCAUACCAAACAGAUGGAGGCGGAGAAUGUGGCGUGCCAUAUAGCUUACGCUUCAUCAUGCCGGGAAACUCCUCCUUACCCACUGGAACUACCUCCCCAGCCACCAAAAACCUCUAUUAUUCCAUUGAUGUUGGGGUUGUGCAUUUCCUCUUCUAUUCUACCGAAACCGAUUUCCAGGUAGGCUCCCCCCAGUACACUUUUAUAGCCAACGACUUGAGAACAGUUGACAGGAACAAGACGCCCUUUGUGGUAUUUUUGGGCCAUCGGCCGCUCUAUACAACCGAUUACCGAGCCUUGUUAGACACGAUGACACAGAAAUUAGUUCAAACUUUUGAGCCUUUGUUGAUAGAUACCAAUGUCACUGUAGCCUUUUGUGGCCAUGUCCAUAAGUACGAGCGAAUGUGCCCCUUGAAAAAUUACACCUGUAUUGAACCAUCUAAGGCAAACGGUGAGCUUCCAAUUCAUAUGGUGGUGGGAAUGGGAGGUGCUGAUCACCAACCCAUUGAUGACCCUCUCCCCAGUCAAAGUCAGCCUAUCUUUCCUCAGCCCAGCUGGUCAGUAUUUCGAACAUUUGAAUGGGGAUAUAUCAGGCUACAUGCAACGAGACAUCUCAUGACGAUUUCAUAUGUUGGUAACCACGAUGGGAAGGUGCAUGAUGUUGUCGAAAUUCCAGUUCUGGAUGAUAUCAAGUCUGGAGCAUAUGUUGAGUCGAGGGAGUCUUUUUUUGACACUGCCAGCGGAGUGCAAAUACCUUGUGGCAGGUCUGAGAAUAUUGUAGCAUUCCUGUUUGUUUUAGCGUUGGGUUGUGGAUGCGGGGCGGCUGCUACUCUUUUUUUCAUGCGGAGGCAGCAGAGGAAGCAGAUUUGGCAGCCUGUCAACCGUGAGGAAGCUAGUUCUUCUCAAUUAUAAGAAAUUGUUUUCUACCAAUAUUUGAUUGUUUUCAUUGAUUUGUGGAUCGCCUGUGUAGUAUGAUAACAUGAGGUCUUUUCUUAUUUUUUUCCUUUUUUGUUUUGCUCUCGCUUCCUAAAAUCGUGGCUAAGUAGGGAUUUCUAUUUAGACUACAUCAAAGUACAUGUAGAGAAGAAUGCUUCACAAGGGCGUUUUGCAAAACACUCCUUUUGUGUACCGGAUUGGAGUUUUCAUAAUGUAAUUUUUUACCUCCUAAAGGUUUUUUAAAAUUUAGAGGUUUAAAAUAAUCAAGAUGUGGUCAAUAGAA